UGGUCCCUCAGAUCCCAGCGGCCUGAGCCCACUGGGAGGGCAGACACCUCCUUGGCUGGACAUCUGCACCAUGGACAGGGAUCUGAGUGAGGAAGACAGUGUGGUGGACCUCAGUUUUGAAGCCGAGAGUCCUUUGGCGCCGCCAGCUGAACUCCUGGAGAGACUGCCCAGCUAUGACUGGCUUUUUCAAAGAGGUGGACAGCAGAUAAUGUUCCCACCUUUGGAGGCUCCAGGGAGACCCCUGGAGCAAAGGUGCUGGUCCUCGUUCCUGGAGCACAGCAGAGUCCCCUUGGUGACAGAGGAAGUGGCCCGCGAAGCCCUCCUCAGCUUUGUGAGCUCCAAAUGCUGCUAUGGCAGCACAGCCGCCGGUGACCUCAUCAUCCAGGAGCUGAAGCAACAGACGUUGUGCAGGUAUCGACUAGAGACUUUUAGUGAAUCCAGGAUAAGCGAAUGGACAUUUCAACCCUUUACUAACCAGUCAGUGGAUGGGCCACAGAGAGGGACCUCUCCCAGGCUUUGGGACAUCAAGGUCCAGGUCCCCCCGAUGUUUCAGGAAGACACGAGGAAGUUCCAAGUCCCUCAUUCGUCACUAGUCAAGGAAUGCCACAAAUGCCAUGGGCGCGGGCGUUACAAAUGCAGCGGCUGCCACGGGGCCGGCAUGGUGAGGUGUCCCUCCUGCAGUGGAGCCAAGCGCAAAGCCAAGCAGUCCCGGAGAUGUCAGAUGUGCUCGGGGUCUGGCAGGCGGAGGUGCAGCACGUGCUCAGGAAGGGGAAGCAAGACCUGUGCCACCUGCAAGGGGGAGAAGAGACUGUUGCACUUCAUCCAGCUGGUCAUCAUGUGGAAAAACAGCCUGUUUGAGUUUGUAUCUGAGCACCGGCUGAAUUGUCCCAGGGAGCUCCUUGCCAAAGCCAAAGGAGAAAGCCUCUUUAAGGACGAAAACACUGCGGUGUACCCCAUUGUGGAUUUCCCGCUGCGGGAGAUCUCUCUGGCCUCCCAGAGGGGCAUUGCGGAGCACAGCGCUGCCCUGUCCCCCCGGGCCCGAGUCCUGCAGCAGGGCCCUGCAAUUCUGGAAGGUUGUAGAGUAACUGCUCAGCAGAGGGGCCAGAGAAUGGGACACUUCAGGACCGCUCUGCUGGGGGAACGCCAGACCAUUGAGCUGAUCCCCGUCACGGAAGUCCAUUACUGGUACCGGGGACAGACAUAUGUCUACUACAUCUAUGGCACUGACCACAGGGUACAUGUGGUGGACUACCCGGACCGGUACUGCUUUGGCUGCACCAUCAUCUGACAGGGCACAGCUGUCUCCACGGCCUGCCAGUCUCGUUUGCCACGGAGCACAGCCGAGGUCCCCGAGCUCACUCAUCGCUGGCUCCAUUGAACCAUCUUGUAUAAACCCUGGUGUGUCCUUUCAGACAAUUCGGCUUAUCAUCUGUCAAGCCACAAGUCUUCCCCAGAGCUCGCCUGGUGGAAUCCAGCACGCGUUUAACCUACACACAUUUCUUCACAACACAUCAUUGAAAUGGCUGGGGCCGUGCCUCUGGUCUCGAAGCCAGCACCCCGAUCGAGCGUGCAGUUUGAUUUUGCUUCUUCCUUGACUUGCUUGCCUCAGUUCUGUUGUGCCACUGUCAGUGCCUUUGGCCCAGCUGAGCGUUACUGAGAUGUUUAAAGGUCUCCUACAGAUUGGCUGCCUCUUAAUGCAUACCAAAGAGUGCUCUCGAAGCAUCAAGAACAAAAUUUAGGGGUGCCUGGGCGGCUCAGUUGUGGAAGCAUCCAAUUCUUGAUCUCAGCUCACGUCUCGACAUCAAGGUCGUGAGUUCAAGCUCUGCGCUGGGCGUGAAGCCUACUUAAAAAAAAAAAGAGAAGAGAAGAACAUUUACACCCCAUUCUGUGGGCUAGGAAUUCAGCUACCGUCACAGCGGAGAUGGUUUAUCUCUGCUCCGUGAUGUCUGAAGCCUCACGGGGAAGAUUUGAACACUCUGGUGCCUCAAAAGCAGGGGACUGAAAUCAUCUGAAAGCUGGUUCACCGAGGGGUCUGGCUGCUGAUGGUGGCCGUUGGCUGGGACGUCCACGAGGGGCCAUGAGCUGGACACCUACAUGCGACCUCUCCGUGCAGCCUGGGCUUCCUCUCCACGUGGCAGCUCCAGGGGUAGGCACCCCGCACACACACCCCAACUGAAAAACUAGAGAUCUGUUUCCAGGCCAGGGGACAAAGCUGCUGUAUUGGAUGGUGACACGGUGCAUAUGCGAGGGUCGGCUUUGGAGGGCGAUUUGGGGUAUAUGUGGGUUCUUACAUCACCUGCCUACCUUAGAACCUGCUCACGUGGUAGGGUGUCCUGUGAACCCAGUCACGUGCAGCAAGGCUGGGUGGGUACGGAAGAUGCUCUGAAGACUGAACGCCCAGGCUGUUUUGGGGGCCAGGCGGGCCGCUGUGCAGCUGGUUGGGGGUAACCAGAGGCCCCUGUCAUACUGUUCCAUCCACACCCUACUCAGAAGGGAAUCGCUACAUACCGAGAGGGUCAGUCUGCGCCCUCUUGAUCCCCAGGCCCCUGCUGGCCUGCAGCCCUUGUCCACCUCGGUGUGCGAGGAUGUGGACAUAACAGGCCUGGUUAGAAGAAGCUUGGGAUGCCUGAGACCACCCCCCAGGGCACUGUUGACAGAUGGUAUGCAGAUGAGCACUUCACCUUCACCUGUUACACCCCACCCCCCGGGACUCGCUCUGUCCUGUUCAGUUACUACUGUUACCCCUUCCCCACCAAGCCUGGCCGAACUACGUACCGGUGGGGGUCUUGAUAACAGGGAGCCGCAGCCCUGGGAGGGGUGUCCUGCUCGCUUGGGACCACCUGUCAGACAAGGGGAAAUGCAGAAGCAAAGAGCCAUGAGCUGGGAGACCCUGAGUCACCUGAGCUGGCAAACAUUCCCGGCUCAGACUUGGCCCCUGGAUCCAGCUGCCCCCCGCCAACGCCACAGGCUCCGCCUAUAGGGGAGGCUGAGGCCAGGAUGAGGUGCACCCCUGGGUGGUGGUGCAUUCUGCCCCUGUGGAUGGACUACUACGGGAGAGUACUACAAGCCUCCCUUCCUCCUCUUCCUCCUGUAGCUCUGUCACACUCAAGUCUGGGAGGCCAACACCUCUAACCCUGCAGUUCCUCCAGCUUACCUCUGUGGGCCUCAGAGGGGAUGCUUCUGGGGGCGUUUGUACCAACAGAGGGCACGGGCUUUGUUUGUUGCAGUGAUUGGAAGGGACACGGUUGGCAUUUGAUAGACGGAGUCCAGGAAGGCAGGGUGUCUAGCAAUCCGUAUGACGAAGCCUGUGUCACAUCUUACACAACUUGCAGAUACCCCACUGACAUUCACAGAGAACCUGGUUACACAAAAUCUCAGCAGUGGCUGAGAUUGAUGCAGUGGUAAUUCUUAUUUAGCGUUCGGCUCUGUUCUUUGAUUUUCCUGCAUGUCUUGUUUGAAGUUGCUUCUGGAUCUCUUAUUACCCUGAAGUCCAAAGGAGUAAUUCCCUGACAACCCCAUUACUGCUCCUCGUGCAGUCCUGCCUGAGCGUCCACAAAUUCACAUAACGUGCAUUAAAAUAUUACUUUCUUCUCA